AUGGUCAACUUGACCCUUCUCUCUACCGUACUGGCUGCUGGUCAGCUAGUAUCCGGCCAUGCCGCCAUCACCCAGGCUACAGGUGAUCUCGGCGGUGCCGGCUCAGCUCUAGGCAUCAUCGCCGACACACCGCGCGAUGGUACAGGCCGCAAACCCUUCCAACAAGACGCCACCGCCUUCCGGGGUCAAGCCGCCGACGUGUGCGGCAGGACCCUGGCCGGUGGUGACAACGACAUCGAGAAAGGCACGGCUGCGAUCCUCGCCGCCAAUGCCGCGGCCGGCAACUCGACACAGCUCCCGCAGGUCAGCGCGGGCGGCAAGCUCACAAUGACGCUGCACCAAGUCAACGCCGAUGGGGCAGGCGCAUACACCUGCAUGAUUGACGCGACGGGCACGGGCGCGAAGUGGGUGCCGAUCACCGUCAGCACCAACGUCGACGGUAGCGCGAGGGGAGUCAACCAAAAGGGCUCCAAGACGGAUAACGUUCUCGUGGCCGAUAUCCCAGCCGGACAGACCUGUACUGGUACGGUGGCGGGCCAGUCCAACGUGUGCAUGGUCCGAUGCCAGAACCCGGCCCGCGCUGGGCCCUUUGGCGGCUGCGUGCCUGUACAGCUUGCCAAUGGUUCCGGCGCGGCGGCUGCUUCUUCC